CCUCGCUCUACAACCACUUCGGCCGGUGCAUAUGGACGCUUCAAGCCGCUCCCGUGUCGCAUGGGGUCCUGGUUGCUACCCAGGGAUGAAGCGUCUUCACGGUGGGGAGCUUCUUUCCGCUCGUGCCAUUCAUAGCCAGACAUGUAAGUUGACUUCGUAACAACGUGAUGUAUACGCGAAUAAUUCACAACAAUCUGCUGUGCUCACCUUCGGUCUCUCAGCGGUCCAUCCCACCCCGUCUCCUUGAUUUUUUUUUCGGCCUCAGAAUGCGACCAUUUCGUUUUCCCAGCGUACCAAAAACUCGCUCCCUAAUCAAGUACCACUCACUUGAGGACGGAGACGAUCGACUUUCAAACUAUGGCUACGAUCGACGUAGAGAGCUCUCUGUAUUCAGACUCAUUGCCCUAACCUGUAGUGCGGGUGGUCUUCAGGUUGUUUUGUCUUUGAUCAUGUCUAAUGGCACACCUUUUCUUAUUACCAUAGGUCUGCCUGAAUCCUUGACCGCCGUUGUGUGGGUGGUAGCUCCACUCAGUGGUGUUUUUGUCCAGCCCUAUGUUGGUCUUCUUAGUGAUCAGUGCCAGCUAUCAUGGGGCCGAAGGCGACCAUUCAUACUCGCAGGAGCCGUUGGAUGCGUCUUCUGCAUGCUUGGAUUGGCUUCAUCCAAGACAGUAAUACAUGGAAUAGCCUCAGCGCUGGGGGCCAACCCUUUUUCUACAAUUUCACGAGGCUUUGUUCUUAUGAGCGCAAUCUUAUUCCUCUUUGGACUAUAUAUUUUCAUCCAACCUCUGCAAGCUGGCAUCAGGUCUUUGAUUGUCGACAGUUGUCCAACUCAGCAGCAAAUUAUUGCUAGUGCGUGGGCAUCCAGACUAACCGGCGUUGGAAACAUCAUUGGCUACUUAUUCGGCUUUGUGCCAGUAAGACGUCUCUUUCCAUCUCUGAAUAUCAGUCAAUUCGCAUGGCUGUGCUUAGUCGCCUCCCUAGUUCUAUCUCUAACCGUCAUAUCUACAUGCCAUUUCAUCAAGGAGCAAGACCCUAGAACUCUACCCUCCACAGUGAGCGAAAAGAGGUCCUUCCUUGGAACCAUAAAGCAUAUUCUUUGGAGUGCGAAAACAAUGCCAAAGAAGAUACAGGAUGUUUGCGUAGUCCAAUUCUUUGCGUGGCUUGGAUGGUUUCCUUAUUUAUUCUAUAUCUCAAGCUAUGUUGGAGAUCUUUAUGCUGCUCCAUUACUGGCCAAAGAUAUUUCGUCAAGUGGGCAAGCCUUGAUCAUUGAGGAUGCAGUCCGCCUUGGGUCCCUUGCGAGCUUGGUCUUCUCCAUAUUUGCACUAGUCACAAAUAUGCUCAUACCGUCACUUAUCAAGGACGAGUCGAAGCAUGUUUCUAGUUUGUCACAUCCACUUCGCCGUAUCACGAUGACGAGAGCGUGGUCUUUGUCACACCUGCUGUUCUCCUUUACUCUACUAUCAACGCUUCUCCCUCAGACCCAGACUACAGCUACCAUCAUAGCUUCAGUGAUUGGCAUAUCCUGGGCUUUUACACUGUGGGUGCCUUUUGCACUUAUUGGUCGAGAGAUCGCAGCAAGGCAGGAAUUGAAUGCCAAGGUACUUGAAGGGGAGCUAGAAAUGGAACCUUUGCGACAAGAUCAAGCAGGUUCCAUUAUGGGCUUGCACAACUGCGCGAUUUCAGCACCUCAAAUUCUGGCAGCUCUCGUUUGCGGUUCUAUAUUCUGGAUAUGCCCAAAGAUUGGAGUCCAGGACAGCAUUGGAUGGGUCUUGAGAUUCGGAAGUGUUGGUGGCUUUAUCGCAAGUGCUCUGGCUGCGAGAAUGGAUGCAUAAUGGGGAGAAUUUCAAGACCUCAUUACUUGAUUCUUCCUACAUAUGCGCCACCAAGCCUGAACCCGAGCCACCAUAGGUUUUUACUUUCGUUCUUGAUCUGAGAAGGAAGGUGUAUCAAAAGUCCCAAUGCAGCAACCAGGUCGCCAAACGAAUUCUUUUCAACGAAGGAACUCGCAGCAGAAAUCGAGCACAAGAUGUGUGUCUGAGAUUUAAGACAGAUGUUCUUGUCCUUGGUCUGAUUUCGCCAAGGAUGGCGUUCAUGUCUGUGACGGUAGACGAAGUCUCACAUCGGUUACUGGGAAAACCUUGUCUUCAUGUUCAGCCUUGCUAGCAGGUUUGAGUACAAUAACCUGAUGGUAAUGCAUGCUGACGGCCUUGACAAGAGGUUGUCAAGCGAAGUUUGUAGCUAUUGUGUAUGCACUUCGUUAACGAUGGUUUGACUACAGAGAGAUCAGAAGUACAGAUUAUACGAAGUAUCAUAGAAGCUUACAGUUCAUUUCUCUUUUUUUCCUCGAUUGGGACAUUCACUUGGG